GCUGCAGGGAUGGUGUCCAGGAUCACAGGUUCGGUGGGGAAGGGUCUGGCAGCGAUCACCAUGGAUAAAGAAUACCAACAGAAACGUCGCGAGGAGAUGAACCGACCGCCAAAAGACUUCGGAGAGAGUCUGGCUAAAGGAGGGAAAGGCCUGCUGAAGGGCGUGAUGGGCGGAGUCACAGGAAUCGUCACUAAACCUGUGGAGGGGGCAAAGAAGGAGGGCGCAGCCGGCUUCUUUAAGGGUAUCGGUAAAGGUCUGGUGGGCGUGGUGGCGCGGCCGACGGGCGGCAUCGUAGACAUGGCGAGCAGCACCUUCCAGGGCAUCCAGAGAGUGGCUGAGUCAACAGAGGAAGUGACCAAACUGCGGCCGGUGCGUCUGAUCAGGGAGGACGGGAUCAUCCGCCCGUAUGACCUGACGGAGUCACAGGGUUUCGACCUCUUUCAGGUUUGAACAUUUCAAUCUUUUACUCUGUUUCUGCAAUAACACCUCCUCACUUCUUUAGAGGAAACAGGUCCGAGCCCUCACACUCACCUUCAGUCAGGUCCGACCCCUCGCACUCAGCCUCAGUCAGAUACGAACCCUUGCAUUCAGCCUCAGUCAGGUACAAGCCCUCGCACUCACCUUCAGUCAGGUCCGACCCCUCGCACUCAGCCUCAGUCAAGUCCAACCCUCCCACGCAGCUUCAGUCCUUGCAUUGCCAUCUCGCCAUGGUGAUGUCAUUUAGAGGCAGAGUGCAGUAGCGAUAUCCACGGUGGGAGAGUUCCCUCCAAAACACCUGUCCGCCCAAUCGUAAGCAGCUCCAUUGAAUGUGAGUGCAGUGAUUGGCUGUCACGGCUGUCAAUCAUAGUGUAAAAUACUCUUUUAGUGAUGCAAACAAACAUCAGACGACAGCGACCUUCAGACCCAGAAACCAUCUCUGAAACAUUUAUUUAGAGUCAGCGCUGAAUUAUAGUUUUAACUGUGACUCAUUCACACACACACACAC